UGUAAACAUGAAGGCGUUUUGUUCUCAAGUUUCAUCUAUACUUCUUAUUUUCAGUAUUUUUUCAACAGAUUGUUCUUUUAUGCAAAGAAACAGAAAUAACGGCUGCAGUAGUUUAGGAAGCUGGUCAGUACAUGAUCACAUGUGUUAUACGUGUAUCAAUCACAAGGUUUCAUGGCAAGGUGCCACAACAUCGUGUCAACAAUCAGGAGCCAGUCUUGUAACAGUCAGCAAUUCGACAAUACAGGGAUUUUUAGGAAAUCUGUGCACUGAAGAUGGUAACAUUUGGAUUGGUUUAAACGACAGAACAAACGAGGGCGCUUUUGUGUGGGUUGAAAAUUCAGCAGCAAUAUCAUAUUCGAACUGGCACACAAACCAGCCAGACGAUGCAGGGGACGGCGAAGACUGUGUUCAUCUUAUACCAAGCACACAUAAAUGGAAUGAUAUCAACUGCGCAGCGAAUUUCUCGUUCAUUUGUCAAGCACCACAAGAUGAUUGUUUUAGCUCUCCAUGUGUACAGGGUACUUGCAUUGAUCAAUUACGCUCGUACACAUGUCAGUGCCAGCCAGGGUAUACCGGAACAAACUGUGAGAUUGAGAGUUCACCGUGUAUCCAUGGAAACUGCAGUGACCUUGUAAACGAGUUUAAAUGCCAAUGCUUCCCUGGAUAUGAAAAACCUCUAUGCCAAAUAGAUACAGAUGAAUGUUUAAGCUCUCCUUGUCGCCAUGGAACUUGCAUUGAUCAGAUCAACUCUUAUACGUGCAACUGUUCCCCAGGAUACACUGGGAGAGAAUGUGAAACAGAAAUAAAUGAGUGUCAGAGCUCCCCUUGUGGUCAUGGUCUUUGCAAAGACAAAGUCAACUCUUAUGUAUGUGAAUGUUCUUUUGGAUACACUGGGUUAUAUUGUGACAUAUUUAAUACAAAGUUACUGUUUAUACUGUUGGCCGUCUUGCCACUGAUAACGCUGGUUCUGUCUCUGUAUCUCAGUAAAAGGUUGAAACAUAAUAACGUAGCGGAAAACAUCGAGAUUUUUGUAUUUCCGGAUGUUUUACAGGGGGAAUCCAAACCAAGAAUGUCUUUUUUUUUCAAAAAAUAAAUUGAGCUUUCAAAUUGUCCAUGCAUUUGGCCAUGUGGUCAGAAUGUAUCAAUAGUCGGGGCAUGCGGUAGUCCUUAGUAAGAAAUUUUGUAAGGAUUUGGACUGUAGUGAAUUUGGGCUGAUGAAAUAUUCAGUAAUAUUAUGUUGUAUGUGUAAUAAAAACAGCGC